GGCACUGACCGCAAGGGCCUUUCAUCUGCCUUCUGGUACUUCUUUCUUUUUGCAGGAGUUAACUGUUUGGCCUAUGAUGAAGCCAUCAUGGCCCAGCAGGACCGAAUUCAGCAAGAGAUUGCUGUCCAGAACCCACUGGUCUCCGAGCGCCUGGAGCUCUCUGUGCUGUACAAGGAGUACGCGGAAGAUGACAACAUCUACCAACAGAAGAUCAAGGACCUACACAAAAAAUACUCCUACAUCCGAAAGACCAGGCCUGACGGCAACUGCUUCUACCGAGCCUUCGGGUUCUCCCACCUGGAGGCCCUUCUGGAAGAUAGCAAGGAGCUGCAGAGGUUCAAAGCCAUCUCUGCCAAGAGCAAAGAGGACCUGGUGUCUCAGGGCUUCACCGAGUUCACAAUUGAAGAUUUCCACAACACGUUCAUGGACCUGAUUGAGCAGGUGGAGAAGCAGACGUCGGUGGCCGAACUGCUGGCCUCCUUCAAUGACCAGAGCACCUCGGACUACCUGGUGGUCUACCUGCGGCUGCUCACCUCGGGCUACCUGCAGCGGGAGAGCAAGUUCUUCGAGCACUUCAUCGAGGGGGGACGGACCGUCAAGGAGUUCUGCCAGCAGGUAGGGCCCCCCCAGGUCCCCCCCCCUUUGGUCUUCUGACCUCUGGGGUGUGAGUGCUCCAGCCGGUG